GAUCGACCACUAGCCGACCAGCUCACCUCACCUCACCCCUCCCCGGUGCGAAAAGGCCACACGACACAUCUCGAUCGAAAAGCUAUGGCGGACUGCCUAAAGCCACACACGGAUGUCGCCCGACGCAGUGGGCAGGUCGACACAGCCAAGAGUUUAAAAGCCACCACCCGGCCGUCCCACGCUUUCCUUUGACCGGCAAAACAAAGCCAAGAAGCAAGCAAGCAAGCAAGAGCACCCACACGAGGAGAAGCCUCUUGCGCCGCGCCGCGCCGUCCCCAAGAAGAAGAAGAAUCCACCAGCCAGCAACAGCAAAGCUACCGUUACUCUACCUCCUGCAGGCUCCUGCGAGAAGGGGCGGCGCCGAUCGAUCCACCCAUCCAUCCAUCCACCGAUCGGCCGGAUGUGGGAAGGCGGCGGCAUCCACGGCAGCCACCACGAGGCGCUCCUGCUGCAGGCCGCCGGAUCAGGAGCGGCCGACUACGGGCACGGCGGCGGCGGCGUCCCGGCUUCGCUCCUGCCGCCGUGGCUCGGCCCGGCCGCCGCGCCGGGCGGGUUCUCCUCCUACGCCAUGGCUCCACACCACGCGCAUCAUCUGCAGCCGGGGCCCUUGGGCGGCGCCGCCGAGAGCUCUUUUGGCUUCGGCGACGGCGGCGGCGGGUACAGCGAAGAAGGCGGGGUGGGGCAAUUCGGGGUGUUCGGCCCGGAGACGCCGCUGCCUCUUCUUCCGCCGCACGGUCUGCAGGCUCUGGCUGCCGGAGGCAGUAGCGGUGGGACGGCGACGGCGCUGAUGCCGCACGGGCCGAGGAUGGUGUCCGGCCUUCUGGGGACCCUGCAGGCGGAGCUGGGGCGGAUGACGGCCAAGGAGAUCAUGGACGCCAAGGCGCUGGCGGCCUCGCGCAGCCACAGCGAGGCCGAGCGCCGCCGCCGCCAGCGGAUCAACAGCCACCUCGCCAGGCUCCGCAGCCUGCUCCCCAACACCACCAAGACGGACAAGGCGUCGCUGCUGGCGGAGGUGAUCGAGCACGUCAAGGAGCUGAAGCGGCAGACGUCGGCGGUGCUCGACGGGGAGGGGGAGGAGGAGGAGGAGCCGGCGGCGGCGCGGCAGCACCUGCUCCUGCCCACGGAGGCGGACGACCUGGCGGUGGACGCCGCGGAGGACGGCGACGGCAGGCUCGUCGUGCGCGCGUCGCUGUGCUGCGAGGACCGCGUGGGGCUCAUCCCCGACAUCGCCCGCGCGCUCGCCGCGCUCCGCCUGCGCGCGCACCGCGCCGAGAUCGCCACGCUCGGCGGCCGCGUCCGCAACGUGCUCCUCAUCACCACCGCCGCCGACGACGACCAGGAGGAGGAGGAGGAGGAGGAGGAAGGAGGAGAGCGCCAAGGCGACAACGACCGCGAAGACUGCGCCGGCGCCUCGUUGUCCAACCACCGGAGGCACGAGCUCGUCGCGUCGAUCCAGGAGGCGCUGCGAGGCGUCAUGGACCGCAAGACGGCGAGCAGCGACACGUCCUCAUCUAGCGGCGGCGGCGGGAGCAUCAAGAGGCAGCGCAUGAACGGUGCGCAUGAGCAAGGUUCGCUUUAGCGUGCUAAAACUAGCUAGUAGCUAGUAGCUAGCUCCAUGCCUCCCUCAAUGCUAGCAUGAAAUAUGCAAGCAUUCUUGCAUGGCUAGCUAGCUUCUGAAACUCAAGUUAAUUAGUAUAGUUAAACCUAUAGUCACUUCAAAAACUUGGAACGAGCUGGCUCUUUUUUUUUUGUUGCUAUGGUAAUGGUGUGUGUGCAUGAGGGAAAGAAAAUGGAAACAUGGACGUGCAAGUGAGCAGAGCUAGGGAGAGUUUUAUGUGUAUCCCCCUUAUACUACUAUCUUUGUGGUGCUUUAGUUUUUACUUAGUUCGCAUAUGUAUGGGGGACUGAGGGGGCAAUUUGAGAGGUUAUUAAACCGCUCGUAAAAUGGAGGUGAUGAUAAGGGUGUACACAUGUAUAAUCUAUUCUGGGUUAAUAUAAUGGAAAUGGAAUUGGUGGGGUUAGUUGCUCA